UUUUUCAAAAAUAGCGCCUCACCAAAUAUAGAGUAGUUCUGAGUGAUUUUUUUUGGUAUUUUUUCUGACUGUAUAAGCCAAAAUCUAAAAUCGUACGGUGGUCACUUUAGAGUCAAAGUUUGACAUUUGUUUGGUUUUUGAAAACUAAAUAAAAUGGAAAAAAUUGCGUCUAAUAAUAAUACGCCUUUAGAAAACAUUUCCUUGGCCAGUGCAAUUUAUGAUGAAGAAAACCAAGAGGAGCAGGAGGACGAGGGCACAUUGUACGACGCCGAAGAAUGGGAUUUAAUUUCGGAAAUGGAAUUCUCCACAGAGAACGACAGUGAAUCCGAAGAAUUUGAGGAGGAUUUUACAGAGCACUUUCAGGCCAGUGUAGCACCCAGUAUAGCUUCCCAUGCAGAUUUGCCGAUGCACAAAUAUCCCUUUAAACUGCAACAUAAUGAGACAGGAAAUAUAUUGACCGUGCAUCACACCAUAAAAAAUGUGGACAAGCAAUUGCGUGUCCGAAUCGCCGCUUGUUGUUUCAAUGGGAUGAGCAACAAACUUCUGGUAAUUGACAGGCGUGGCAACAUCUAUGUGUUCGAUUUUGUUAUCAAACGAUAUUGGCGACUCACAAUUCGAGUUCCUCAAGCGACGGUGGUGCAUGCCUCACCCUUGCACCACAGUGAGUAUAUUGUAGGCAACGAAAAGGGACACGUUCUUGUUAUCAAUGUGGAAAAGUCCAUUAUCAGCCGGCACAAUGAAGUGGGAACCGCAGCAGUUAAUCAGAUUACCUGGGGAAAUCGCGUGCAAAAUUCCUCGAUCUCAAAUAUGCUGAUGCGUCUUGGUUCCGAUGCAGCGCUGCUCAAUUUAAGGAAUUUAAGAGUGUCACAUCGUCUGGAAUUUGAUCAGUCGCGACAUACGCUUAAGUUGGCUGGUUAUAUACCCAACUCUGAGCAGUUCUUCACCUGUUUUACAAACGAUAGUCUGAGUGUGUGGUCGGCACACUCUCAGGAAGCCACACAAAUUACGCUGCCAAUCAAGGCACGAGAUCGGAAACUGCGUUUGCUGCGAAACCAAAAAGCGAUUCCAGAGAUUGCCUUGCGUGGCGACGACGAGGAUGAUAUCAAUUCAAUAGAUGAUUUGGAAUUCGAUUGUGAAGAGGAGAACUUUGCCGAUGGAACGCUGCUCAACUAUAGCUUCACCCCAAACGGCAAUAAACUGUGCUUCACCACCAUCGAUGGUUACUUGCUACUGCUCAGCUCGGCCUCCUUUGAGGUGGAUAAGUUAUUUCGGCUACGUGAUUUUGUACUCAAACAAAUCGAAGUGCUGCCCCAGCCUAAGGAACGUAUACUCUUUGGCAUCACAGCUCGUGGUCAGGCUGUUAUGUUGGAUCUGGAGAACACGGAUCAAAAGCUUAUAGUGCAACACUCAAAUGGUCUCAGUCUCAAUGUGAGCCGAGAUGGCAAGCUGCUCAGCGUGCUGUCAAAAUGCGGCGAGGUCAAUGUGUGGUCCACGUGUCGCCUCUUCAAUGCACUGCAGUUCAAGACGCAAUCCAUUGCCCAGCUGCGUGCUGUGCUCAAACAACCCAAGCUGCCAGGUCACGUCAGUGGCCCCAUGAAUCAGGAGUUGCGGCAGCUGUUGAAGCGGGAUCGUUUGGAGGCCAUGCUACGCGAGUUUGGUUGUUAUCCGGAGAAGUAUAGGUUCAUCAUAUGGAGUUCGUUGUUGCAACUGCCCUGCAAUGGUGUCCAGUUUCAGGCGCUGCUCAAGCUAGGCGAACCGCCAAUUGUGAAACGCAAUGCACGUGGACUGCGCAUCAAAAGCGAUGCUCAGCGUCGUGGUGUUAUCCGGGCAUGGAGCUGCUUGGCCCACUGGUGCAAGGUAUUUGGAUACGCUGAGUUUAUGCCACAUCUGGUGUUUCCCUUUGUCAAGCAUCUGCUGAAGAACGGAUUGGUUGUGUUCGAGCUGAUGGCGACGCUGUUGCUUAAUCACUUGCAGCUUUGCUUCGAGUUCUACCCGUUGCCACCGGAAAACUAUUUGGCCAUGUGUGCCAAUGUCUUGCAGUGCAAUGACGAGCAGUUGUCCAAGUUCUAUCAGGCUCUCGAAGUGCAUGCUAAAGAUUAUGCUUGGUCGCUGCUAACGAAUGCUUUUGCUGAGGUAUUGGAGGAGCAGCAAUGGCUAGCUCUUUGGGAUAAUAUCAUCACAGAGCCUCAGUAUUUUAUCAUUUUUGUUAUUGUAGCCUAUAAUUUGCUGCAACGCGAGUUAAUCUUGCGCCUGCCGGACAAGGAAGCAGUGUUGCGCUUCUUCCACGAACAGAAUCCAAUUGAUGUGGCCAAAUUGGUUGGCAGAGCUCGCAAGCUGAUGAAUAAAUGUCCACCGCAAGUGCAUCCUCGGCGCUUUAUGCCACCAUUUGCACCCAUUCCCAAAGGUGUUUAUCCCAAAUUUCUUAAAUAUCCCAGCAAUUGGAUAGCGGAAAAGGAGGAGCAGACUUUGGAACUACAGAAACAGCAUCAGGAGAUUGAUGCACGCAUUCGUCAUCUUGAAUUGGAGGAGUUGCAAAUGAUGGAUCGUUUGCAAAAUGGUCUCAAGCAAGAGGAACAUGUGAGGCGUGUGAAGGAAAUGGAGAAACUCUAUCAGGAAACCAUACAGCGAGAAGAAGAGCGCAUCUCUUGCCAUCGGAAAAUGCUGCUCACCUAUCAACUGGAAGUGCGGCAACGCAAAAGUGAAGUUAUGACCCAGCUGCAGGAGGCCGAACAGCGUCGUAAAGUAUUGGAAAUGGAGAAGGACAUCGACAUGCUGAUGCACCGAAUAGAACGCGAGCGACGACGCCACACUCAGGAGAUGCAAUUUGCCGAGGACGAGAUACGCAACCAGGAACUGGAGCUGUUGGCACAGCGUUACUAUUCAGAUACUGCGGGAGCGCCUCUUGCCCAGAAAUACUAUGACAACAUACAAAAAAUGUGCCAGGAGCGUGAUGAGCUACAACGAAAUCUUCGCGAGAUGACCAUGGAGCAUUUGGAUAAACCCAGUCGGUCACGAAGGUCUCCGGCACCUGAAGAGCCAGACUUAACUGCAAUUGAGCGUUCAAUUCAGGAAAUACAAAAAGAAUUCUCAGAUAUUUUAAACAGCGGCUCCAAACGUAAGUAAUUAUAAUAGGAUAUUUAAAGAUAGGGGUAUUUUUUUUUGUAAAAAACUAAUAUUUGUAAUAAUAGAAUCCAAAAAAAAUAAUUUGCGUUUAUCCUUUUCGCAUAUUUUCGGUGAAAUUACAUUCAAAAACAAAUAUUCAAAGACAAACUGCAAUAUAGCAAUAACUGCCUAUACCACAAUGUGCAUUACUAAUUUAUACAUUUAAAAAUUAUAAAUACAUAUAUAUUUAUAGACGCAAUACUGCCUGAUUAAACAAAGAUAAAAUUAUACAUAUUAUAUUAAC